GGCACACAUCAAGGUUAUGAUAUGACCGAGCAAGCUUUUGGCGUGAGGAAUGAUGCGAUAAGAUACGAAAUACAACAGCGAUCCUCAGCAUUUGACAUGUUUCCCCAAUCAAGAACCAUCUCAGCCAGACGUGGCCCCUUCAAGAACCACGACCAGCGUGAACAGACAGCUCACACCAGGAAAAUUGGAAGCUGUAUUAGGUGCCGAAUGCAGCGAAUUCGGUGCAACCUCGAUCCUGAAAAUGAAAAAGGACCCUGCCUGGGAUGCAAAAAGAUUGCGGCAAACACCACCAAGAUCUACCGGUUGAACUGCCUACGUUGGAAGAUCAUGGACAUCAAGCUCUUCAAGCCUGGUCAAGUCAAGGACCACAAAUGGACCGAGCGCUGGAAAGACAGCGUGGUAGAUGACAUUGGAAACUGGGCCUCUUCGGAAGUGAGGACAAUCAGAGUCACCGAAGGGUAUACCGGUAAAUGGAUCGAGCUCCAGGUCCGUCAGUUCGAACCGCAGCCUGGCGACAGCCUGUACAGAAAGUGGGUUUCCAAGAACGGCGAGGUUAAGCGAGCCGAAGUCCCGGCCUUUGCUAUCGUCGACAUGGAAUCCGCCAAGACCUCGUUCAACGAGUACAUCAAGCGGGCCCUGGGAAACUGCUGCACCUACCUGCUGCGCAAGGAAAGGCUCCUCCAACGUACAUACUCUCUUGCCAUUAAGAUUAUGAAGCACUCAUCCACACACGAAACCGAACGCAGGCUGAUCAAGAGCACUCUGGAUCUCUGGAUGUCAGUAAGGCUGACAACCAAGUCGUUCGAGAUCGUCGGGGAGGAGAGGCUGGGCAUGCCGCAGGAUAUUAUCGAUGACCCGGAUAGUCCCUUAUGCGGCAAGAUCCCGCUGCCUCCGGUUAUGGGAGCGCAGAUUGAUUCCAUCCUGAUUCAUCAGGUCCAGCCCCAACUUCGCCGAGACACGCUGGAGGAGCUGCAGAAGAUGACGCAGGAGAAGAAGCAGAGAACAUGGCUUACCACGUAUCUGGUGACGUUUAUCCUGUUACACAACAUCGCCCUCAUCACCAAACACGACGCAGAUUACGCCAAAAAGCACAGCCUGGGAAGACGAUUUGCCAGGGAAGACAGCGUCAGAGAGUACAACAUUGGAGCGAAUACACUUCUCGCCUACUUCCACUAUUGCAACCGGGCGAUCUACCCAUUCUCUGCGGAAUGCAAGGAUCCAGACCUCCAAAGCCUGGCGGAGCUUGACGGAGACGCCAUGCGAUUCGUGCGCGAGACACGGAAUUUGGUAGCUGAACAUAAAUCAGAUUGGGAACAAGUGUUGGCGAGAGAAGAGUACGAGGACCAGUACUAUUAUGUCAGUCAGCUUUAUGAGCCAAACUGGCAACCUCGCGUCAUGACCUAGACUCUGGAUGGAUGCUGGUGGUGAUGGGGCUCUUGGCUAUGCUGGUUGGUAACUGACCCAACGAACGAGUGGUGGUUCAUAUGUUGUCGUGUGCUAUCACGGUCUGUCGACGAGUUGGUUCCAGGUUUACAGGUCGUGUCGUCUGCAAGUGAGCGGAAGUAGAAAAUUGAGGAGGCUGUCUCGAUGCCAUGGCUGGAUAACUGGAUAUUUGUUGCAGCUGGGGGCUAGGCCAAUACCAGAAAGAGACGGACGCAGGGAAAGCACGCAGCCCGCAUUACAAUCGCAUGCCGCAGAAGCAGGAGCAGGACCGGCGGUCGUUGCGGACACCCCCGUGUGAGUGUGUUAGAGGGAUGAAGAUGAAGCGCAUCGAGAGUAAAAGAGGGAAAGAGGUGGGACAGGGCAGCGUUUGGAUUGUCCUGUCCUGGCACAUCCCGGCCAAGUUUCCCCUUCUCUCGGCCAAACGACGCACCCGGAUGGGGGCGUGUUGCGUGCUGUCAAGUUGCUUGGCGUGUGUAAGGGAUGGGUCAAGAGCAACAAGCUAGGUACCUUGGCCAGGAAGAGGACGACAGAACGCUGGAUUUUGGCUCUUUUGUUGAGAGUGGAAGCAGGGAAUAGGGCGAAUGAAUGAGUGUGUAAAUAGGUAUGGAUUCGCAUGAUUCGUUCAGUUUGGUGUUUGUCCAUAUGGAAGCAUAUGAGGUCGCGUGGUUCAAUAGCUCACUUUGGAAGAAUCGUUUCUUUGCAU